UCCGACCAUCAGAGCCACCACACAACAAUCUCUCUCUCUCUCUCUCUCUCUCUCUCUCUCUCUCUCUCUCUCUCUCUCUCUCUGUGAAAAUAGAGACAGAAGCUUUUGUGAAAUGCAGGAGCAAGCGACGAGUUCUUUGGCGGCGAGUUCUCUGCCAUCGAGCAGCGAGAGGUCAUCAAGCUCUGCCCCGCCUCUUGAGAUCAAAGAAGGGAUGGAAAGCGACGAGGAGAUAAGGCGGGUGCCGGAGAUCGGAGGAGACGCCGGCGGUGGUGUCUCCGCCGGACGGAAUUCCGCAUCUGCGUCGGGAUCCACCCGGAAUCCGGCGGCGUCGGCGGCGGCCGGAGAAAGUCAGAAAAAGCGAGGGAGGAGCCCUGCUGACAAAGAGAACAAGCGGCUCAAGAGGUUGUUGAGGAACAGAGUUUCGGCACAACAAGCAAGAGAGAGGAAAAAGGCUUACUUGAAUGAGUUGGAGAGCAGAGUUAAAGACUUGGAGAACAAAAACUCCGAACUUGAAGAGAGACUCUCCACUUUACAAAACGAAAAUCAGAUGCUUAGACAUAUUCUGAAGAACACAACGGCAAACAAGAGGGGAGGCGGCGGCCCUAAUCCCGAUGGGAGUGUCUGAAGUGGUGAUCCUGUUUUGUUGUGAAUAAGAUGUUUACAUUGUAAAACAGGAAUGUAUUGAAACAUUGUGAAGCUAAUUAUCCAUGGAAAUGGAGAUUCUUUUUAAUGUUUUUCUUAGAUUUUAAGAUAAGCCCGUUUUAGUGGAGAUGUUAUCUGAUGGAUGCCCACAUAUAUCUGGGGAUUUUAAGAUCAA